CCUCUCCAUCAACAUCAACCAUCGUCCGCAAUGUAUUCCUACCAUCGGCUGCUUCAGAUCUUUGGGCGAUCCAUCCAUGACAAUACCCUUGAAUGUGAUUUAGACGUUCACCCUUGGGAAAUCAAAAUCAAUGGAAAGAAUUGGUCCGGGAAAGUUCGGCUGAUUGGGUUCGUGGAUGUGUUCUUCAUCAUCUCAUACUCGGGUAACGCCCGGUUCGAGGAUGGAAUCAUCGUCUAUACGGAGUUCACGCAUCGUCGCACCUACCGGAUCAAGAGCCGGGGUCAUCACAUUAGUCUGUCGACCAAGUACCUCAAGUCAUCAGUAGAGCAUUAUACGGUGGAAAUCAUCAAGCCGAGAGAUUGGGCCUUGAGACGACGAGUCAAACGCGGCAUUCGGCCGCAUGCUAUGGCCCAGCUUCUGGUCGAUGUGGUGCGAUAUGGAGUCAUCUCGCAGGGACAGCUGAUGGGUCAUGUGGGGGGCCUAUUGUUCGUCGGAGGCACUCUGGAUGAGACAGCUCACAAGUUUUGGCAGGGAUUGACGGCGAACAAGCAAUCCGGACAACAGGCAUUGUCCAAUGAAGGAUACUAGAUACGGAGU